UUAGUCGCCGUAAUCCAAGAACUGCAUUGAUUACUGUUAUUGAAAAACAGACUAUAACUGAGCUCUCCGAUUUGUGAAACCACAAAAGGCGAAACACGAAAAUGGCCUCCAACUUGGAAGAAACACUCGGGAAACUUCUUGUUCCAGACAACAACACGAUUCAACUGGCAACACAGCAGCUGAAGGAGUUAUUUAAGGACCCUAACAUUGUCCCUGGUCUCUGCCAGGUCCUCGGAUCAUCUCAAGUGCCUCAAGUUCGUCAAUUUGCAGCAGUUCUUCUGAGAAGAAAAAUCCAGAAAGGGAGACAUUAUCGUGCUCUCCCAGAAAAUAUCAUUAACAAUAUCAGGGAUAACAUCUUACAGAUCCUUGUACAAGAACCAGAGAAGAGUGUGAGGAACUCCAUUGCCCAGGUGGUUGCUGUGGUGGCCAAACAUGACCUUCCAAACAACAGCUGGCCACAGCUGCUGCAGUUUCUGGGAACCUCGUGUAAAAGUCAAACAGUUGUGGAGAGAGAGACUGGUGCAUUUGUACUUCACUCUGUGGCAUCUGGGGCGGGAGAACAGCUGAAGCCUCAUCUUGCAAGUCUGCUGCAGAUGCUGUCUGUAGUAGUCAAUGAUACAGAGAGUGUUCUUGUUCCAUACUACUCAGUAAGAACAAUCACAGAACUUAUCUUCUUUAUUGGCGAAGAUGAGAAGAAAUAUGUUCAAGGUAUGAUUCCAAGAAUUUUGGAGUUUGCAAAAAUUCUUAUACCACAAGAUGAGGAGAAAGCGUGUGAAGUGUUAGAGGUAUUUGACGAGAUGUUGGAGUGUGAAGUGAACAUCAUAGUGCCUCACAUGAAAACCGUGGUUGAUUUCUCUCUAGAGGUUGCCGGAACAUCUGCCCUGGGCGACAGUGUACGAGUCAAGGCUAUGUCUUUCAUAGCCUCAUUUGUCAAGCUCAAGAAGAAGGCUUUCCUGAAACAGAAGCUAGUAGACCCUGUGUUAAAUGUGGUUUUCCCUGUGAUGUGUGCUGGAACAGAGGACGAUGAAGAAGAUGAUGAUGAUGAAGUUGUAGAUGAAGUAGAGGCACAGAAGCCAUCUGUUUAUGGCCCCCAGGUGAUCGAUACAAUGGCUCUCCAUCUUCCUCCUGACAAAUUCAUUCCUAACAUGAUGAAGAUCGUAGAGCCUGCAGUUUUGAGUGAGACAGCUUCGCAUCGUCGUGCUGCGUACCUUGCUCUGGCUGUAGUAGCAGAAGGUUGUGCUGACUACAUCACUAAUAAACACUUACAGGCAGUAUUACAGUGUGUUGUCAAGGGUCUGAAUGAUCCAGAACCACAGGUUAGGAAUUCUGCGCUUUUUGCUCUUGGACAAUUUUCAGAACAUCUACAGCCGGAUAUCAGCAAAUUUGCCUCAGAGUUACUUCCCCUGCUGUUUGAAUACCUUGGCCGAGCAACAAAGGAGGCUGAUAAAAAUCCCAAGGGCCUGACCAAAAGCUACUACGCUUUAGAAAUGUUCUGUGAAAACCUUGGUAAAGACAUUCUGCCUUACUUAGCUACAUUAAUGGAGCACCUGAUCAAUGUUCUCCAGACCUCGCCCACCAACCGACCAAAGGAACUGGCAAUAAGUGCCCUAGGAGCCACUGUCAAUGCAGCAAAGGAAGGUAUGAAGCCCUACUUUCCUGUUAUCAUUGAGCAAUUCAAAAGCUAUCUCAUGGCUGGAGAGGAUGAGGAGAUGAGAAAGUUACAGAUACAGACUUUAGACACCCUUGGAGUGUUGGCUCGGGGAGUAGGACUGGAGACCUUUCUUCCGUUGACUAAGGAGUGUGCACAGCUUGGCUUGAAUCUCCUACACACAGUCGAUGAUCCUGACCUUCGCAGAUGCGUGUAUGGGCUGUUUGCAUCACUGUCCUCCAUCAUGAAAGGUGAUAUUGGGCCUUACCUAGAAAAUCUCAUUACACAUAUGCUUGGUUCUCUGAAGUCUACAGAAGGCGUAAAGGCACAUGUGAAGACAGCGGAAGAACAAGUGAGCUUAUUUAAUGAGGAAGACUUCGGUGAGGAGGAGGACAUAUCUCAAGAAGAUGACGAAGAAGAUGACGAACAGCAUAUAGAAGGGAUCAGUGUAGAGAAUGCCUUUGUUGAUGAGAAAGAAGACACCUGCUGUGCUCUAGGAGAGCUGGCUGCCAAUUCAGGGUCAAUAUUCUUUCCAUACCUAGAGAAGAGUUUCAAGGAAGUAUUGGAUAUGAUGGACUAUCCUGCCCAGGGCGUUAAGCGUUCUGCCUCCGCAGCCCUUGGACAGAUGUGUAUCUGUGUCCACAAGGCCAACACAGACUCUCCAACACCGGAAACUCAGACAG